GAAUAGUCUUGUCUUCUGGCCUUGAGGCAAAUGAAAUUCAGGAAUUAAAUAGGGUUUGCACACACCCUGGAAUUCCUGGAAAAUCCUGAAAAAAAUUGAUGUCCUGAAAAAGUGCUGAAAACUCCUGGACAUUACUUUAUUUCUCCUGGAAAUGUGCUGGUAUUUGUAUAAAUGCAUAAUAAAGAAUAUUUAUUUUGUUUUUCUUCACAGCUACAAAAUAAAAACAGUACACUAGUUCAAAAAUUUUUUUCGUAAUCUUGCCAGUAGACCUGCUACUUGCAGUAGGGGCAUAUAGUUAUUCCCCAGUCAGCUAGUUGCAUGUGCCCAGUCAAACUUGACUAUUGGUGUACAUGCAUACUAGAAUCCCUGUAAAUAGUGCUGUGCUCACAUUAAUCUUUCAUGCACAUCCUUGGACCUUGAUCAUAUGUUUGAAUAAACAAUUAAAAUUGUGAUGCUGUGCAGAAAAUGCAUAUUUAAUGACAUAUGGGUAGACAAGCUAGAAUAUGCUGAUUGGCUGGGACUUGACAAUCACUUGAAGUCGGACACAUUUUGUAAGGUGUGCAAGAAAUCCUUUGAUGUGUCAUAUAUGGGAGAGCCGGCAGUCCGAAGUCAUACCAAAGGAAACAAAUGUGGAAAUUUUGAAAAAGAAACUGCAUGGUGCCUCGACAUGUACAGUAAAACAGCUCUUCAAAACAGAAAACAAGGCUGGACCUGAAAAGCCUGAACCAAAGCCCAUAGGGAUUGUGGAGGAUGAGACUGGUAAAACAUCAACAGCAAUUAGAAGAACCUCAGUUUUCUCAUAUGUUGGAGGGAAUGUUGUCCUGAAAGCUGAAAUAUUGUGGACACUGAAAACUGUUGCAUCAAACUAUUAUAAUUCAUGCAGUGGUCUAACAAAUCUGUUUAAAUCUAUGUUUCCAAAUAGCACAACUGCUCAAACUUUUGCACUGUCAGAAAGGAAGUGCUCCUACAUGACAGUUUGGAUUGACUCCCUAUUUCAGAAGUUUAUUAAUAGAGCAAAUGUCAAUAAAGAAAAGUAGAGUCACUAAACAAAGUUACAAAGAUAAAACAACUUGAUGUGCAUAUGUGGGAUAAUGACAAAGUAGUUACAUGUUAUCUGAUUUCAGAGUUUUUCGGAUAUACAAUAGCAAAUGAUAUGAUAUCUUCUUUUAUCCAUGGAAUAAAGCAGCUAAAGGUAAGUCUAUCAUCUGUUCUCCAGUUGUCCACAGAUGGUCCAGCUAUAAACUGGAAGUUUCAUGCAGUUGGAAAAAGUUCAUCACACGAAAUGUUUGAACAUUGGAAGUUGUGGCUUGCACAUCAUACACAGAGCUUUCAAAGAUGGAGUAGCUGCAUCACAGUGGAAUGUAUCACACACCAUCAGCAGCCUUUACUGGUUAUUUAAAGAUACAUCAGCUAGAAGAGAGAAUUACACCAGACUCUCAGGCAGUGACAUAUUUCUUAUGAAGUUUUGUCAGCACAGAUGGCUAGAACAUAUGUUGGUGGCAGAGAGUACUCAAGGUCUGGCCAUAUGUUAAGUUGUAUGUACAAACAGUUGAUCAGAAGAAACUGACAAACCCAGAAACAAAAUUCUUUGUGGUUAAGAAGUCAUAUGAUGAUCCAUUGAUUGCUGUGAAGCUAUUCUUCUUCAAAACUGUUGCAAAGAGAAUAAAUCCCUUCCUCACAAAGUAUGAGACAGGCAGUCUCAUGCUACAUUUUCUAGCCAAGAACAUGGCAUAAAUGCUGACUGUGCUAAUGGCAAUAUUCAUCAAACAUGAAGAAAUUGAGAAAGCAAGUAAGACAUGAAGGAGACUCAUUGCCCUUAAUGUUGGUAAAAAAGAACUUCAAGUGGCCCACAAUAAAAUAGAUGUGGGCAUUGAAGUAGAAUAGGCAUUGAAAACUGAUCAAGUAUCAUAUUUGCAAGUAAUGGAAUUUAGGAUGGUAUACAAAGUAUUUGCACAUGGAAUAGUAUAGAAGCUACAGCUUUCACCUGUGACCUGUCUCGAAAGGGUUAAAAAUACCCAGAAAGUUUAUAUACACACAAACACAGCACACCAUUCUUAAGCUUUUGUUUUGCUUGUUUAUAGAUCAUAUUUAUACAAUAAUAGAUAAUAGGUUAUAUGAAAAGUAUCAGUGAUCAGAAAUACUCCUGCCAAAUUACUGUCAACUUUAUAC